CCAGGCUCUAUUAUGGGAAAAUGUUGAAUAGGCAAUCCCUUACUUCACCACUGAAUAGCCAUUCCAUUCCAUGGGAGUAAUUUUUUUCCCAUUUUCAUUUUUUGCCCUUAGCUUCAUCUCCUCCUUUCCUUUCCAUCUCUGCGUUUCCCUUUUUUCCUUUUUAUUUCCCUUCAUAUUAUUUCCCAUUUUUCCUUCUUAUUUCCCCAUCUGCUGCUACUGUUUCUGUUCGCCUUCAGCAUUCGGCUUGGCCUUCAACAUUCUGCACGGCGGCUGCUGCUACUGUUUCUGUUAGACCUUUUAUUUUCUAGGGUUUCUGUGACUUAAAAUGAAAUAGUUCUCUCGUAUUUUUCAUUAUUUUACUUUUCUGUUAAUCACGUUUGGGUACUUAGAAACUGGAGAAAAAGAUGACAAACUUUUUUUGGGUAUUCUUUUCCCUUAAGUAAAUAUAAUUUUUGAGUUAGAGUUUUUAUUUCUAGAAAUGUUAGACAGUCCCCUUCUCUUCAUUUUAUCAGGAACCAAAAAAAGUUUUAAUUUUGCUAUAUACAUGGGGGGAACUUUUUCGGUGGAGCAAUGGGAUAUUCACAAACGCUGGAAAUUGGUCAGUACGAGAUUGAAGGAUUUUCAUAAGUGUAUUGUGCUUCCCAUUGGCAGCCUAUCCAUUGGACUUUGCAGGCAUCGUGCAAUCCUCUUUAAGGUUUUUCUUCAGAUGCCCUCAGCCGAGGACGCGAUAUGGGAAUGAUCUCAGAUGUCCCUGCUACUGUGGCAACUGUGAAGAACCCUAGUUCGAAAAUUGUCUACGACGAGUAUAAUCACGAGCGGUUUCCACCUGGUGAUCCCAGCAAGCGUGCUUUUGCUUAUUUCGUCUUGUCUGGUGGCAGGUUUGUUCUAAGCAUGUCUGCCAGCAAAGAUGUUCUUGCACUCGCUUCUCUUGAGGUUGACCUUUCUAGCAUAGAGCUAGGGAGCACUGUUACCGUCAAGUGGAGAGGGAAGCCUGUUUUUAUCAGACGUAGAACCGAAGAGGACAUCAAGACAGCUAACAGCGUUGACCUUGCAUCACAGGGAUGAAGUUUAAUUUUUUAUUUUGGUUUUUUAUUGUUUGUUUUGGGUUUGAAGUUCAAUAGCAUUUCGUGUUUGCAAUGAAAAAUGUGUAUAUAUAUCAUUUAUACAUUGGUUGAUCUAACUUUGGUGAUGACUUGGUUGGCUACCAAUGGAAUUUAUAUCUCCUAUGUCUCCAACA